AUGAAUCUUCAGUUAUUCAUUGUUAUUAUCUUAUUAUCAUAUAACAGUUGCUUGAAACAGAAAAAUCUCAAUAAACAAGAAAUAAAUAACAAAACUUCGAGUGUAAAUAAAACAGUCACUGUUAUCCCUAAGAAAGUUAACGUAACUGAGAAAAAACAAGAAAAAAUUAAAAUACCUGCGAUUAAGAAAAUAAAACCUCCGCCUAAAAUGAUAUCACUUGACUUGGUACAAGAGUGGGCCCAGAAAAUAUCAGAAAAGUUAUUGGAGCAAGAAGAAAGCGUGGUCCAUAGGAAAGCAUUACUACAGAAGUUUUCAGACAUUAGUAUAAAAGAGCGCAAUGGAUCAACAAUAGUUCGCAAAAUGGCAAAAGAUCUGGAAGAGCUGCUAGUGAGGCGGAUGCAAGCCGCGGAGAACAUUAUGCGUCGUGCUGAGGAGCUUGCUAAUUUGGACAACGAGCCGCCAGAUGACUACACCUUCGACUACAGUGUGGACCUGAACGUAUUGAAGAAAAUGGAAGUGCCAGAAGACGAGCUUAUAAAACCCUACGAUUGUAGAAGUUUGAAUAAGGUUAACCUAGGUAGAAGUACGCAUUUCGACGCUGAAAUAUCGAUGGACACUUCCAGCGUUUAUGUGUCACCAGAGGUUUUUGACUGCAAUCCUGAUGUGAUUAAUCAUCUGCACUGGUCUGAAGGUUUGUUAUCAACGUUCAAAGAAAAUUAUGCUCAAGAUUCAACUACGGAAUUCCAAUAUUUUUGUAGCGCGAAAGGAUUUUUGCGACAUUAUCCUGCUGCGCUGUGGGAUAGUAUGUAUAAAUUGAAACUAGAUGCUGACAGUGUAUAUGAUUGCCGCCUAAGGCCCUGGUACGUGAGCGCCGGUGGAGCUCCCCGUGACGUACUUGUGUUGCUGGACGCUACAGGAUCAAUGUCCAAUUCAACUAAUCAAGUCAUCGCCAAACAUUUCUUAUUGGCCUUACUGAACGCCCUCACAGAUGACGAUCAUGUCAACGUGUUACGAUUCAACAUCAAUGUUGAAUCUUUGAUACGUUGCUUCAAUGAUAAGUUUGUACCGGCAAACCACGUCAACACAGCUGCCAUCGCAACAAAAAUGGACCAAUACGCUUUGCUAAACAAGACUGACAUGAAAAUGGUAUUCCGGUAUGCCGUACAGAUGCUGCAGAGCCAACGUAGUAUGAAGGAUCGACCAGCUUCCUGUCAACAGGUCAUCGUCUUAGUUACUGACAGUGUUGAGAGUAACUACACAGAGCUGCUGAAAGAUUUGGAUCCCUUAGGACGUAUUAGACUUUUCACUAUAUGGCUUCACGAUCCUUUCGGAUUGCGCGACAAUACACGUGAAUACGGUGAUAUAAUAUCUUGCGACCGGGACGGAUACUUCGCUGAGCUUAGUACGGACGCUGACGUGACCGAGCAAGUCAUGAGGAUCCUUCGCAUUCUGGAGCGGCCUCUAGUGGCGCAGCGUGAACAUCGACUCAGAGUCUUCAGCGAUGUAUACGCUCACGUUGAGGAUCCACGUCGAGCAGAAUACUAUUGGUCACAGAAAGAGAAUGCCGAGCAAGCCUACCGAUAUAGUGAGCUACGUCGCGAUAAGAAAAAUCUGCUGAGCAAUCAUCGGCUCAAUCAAGACUACAUGCAUCAAGAAAGUCUUGAAAAAUAUGGCUAUUAUUAUGAAGGAGAAGACAUUAACUAUCGUCUCCAGAUAACAGUAUCUGUGCCUGUGUUUGACCACAUCACUGUUGAGAAUAUUACUAAAAUAUUGGAUGAGGAAUGGCAAAGGAAUUCUACUAGGACGUACCCAGUGAACAGGCUACUAGGUGUGGCUGGAGUAGAUAUACCAGUCGAUCAUUUGAAGAUGAUACUGCCUUACCAUCAGGCAGGCGCGGGUGGGUCUUUAUUUCUUAUUGAUCAUCGUGGAAACAUAGUAUUACAUGACAAUCUAAAACCUACGUUUGACGGGGACAUUUUGAAACCAGGAUAUCGCACCAUAGACUUUUCUGAUAUAGAACAAGCGGGUAUCAGUCAUUUACCCAGAUUUUACCCCCCAGAUUGGAAAGAGUUCCGUAAAUCUUUGGUAAUCGAACAACCACAAGGCACCAAAAAUAUAUUAUCUAAGAAUAUUUUUGAGGGAGGCAUGCGCGCUAUUGUAGAAGAGAGGGAGUAUCAUUGGAGGAGAGUAUUGAAUCACUAUACCGCUGUGGUCGUCAUUCCCAAGUAUAAUCGACGUCGGGCUGUCCCUAACGGCAGCUUCACCCAAGAAUUAGCAAAGGAAUGCUUGAAAACUUUAUCCAGAUCAGAGUUCUCCAUACAUCCAGAUUGGCUGUACUGUCGCCAUGUGGAACCGUAUUUCGACUCUAGAAACGCUGAAGUACUUCACUUCAUAAGGCGCCGUAGUGACGAACCUAACUUUGCAAUGAAAAAACUCAAGCAUCUGUUCUCACCAAUACCACCGUCCUUGCUGGAAAAAACCUACCAAUGUGACGAGGAACUAAUGGCUCACAUGUGCAAAGAAGCGAUCGCAACGAGCCAAUGGGCUGAGGAUCAAAAAGACCCCGAACAAGACUCCUCUGUUCAACUUGGUUCGGUCACGGCGUUCUUCGCUAGUGAGAGCGGUCUGUCGCGGUGGCAACAGUACCAUGCGGCCAGCCGGCACGCGGACCCGCCGAGCGGCGCGGAGUGGGCGCGCGGGCCCGACGAGCCGUGGUACGUGCGCGCCGCCGCCGCCGCCGGCACGCUGCUGCUGCACGCGCCAGUCACGCCGCACCGCCGCCUUAGAAACGCAGACGCCAUCGUCACGCCCGUCGGUGCUCGAGGAGAGUGGCUGACUGCAGCUAGAACCCUUGGACACCCAGAGAAAGGCAUAGUUGGUGUAGCCGGUUAUCACUUUUAUCCGCAACAUUUGGAGGAUUUUCUUGAUCUUAUUACUAAUUUUCCUUGUAACGAAGAGGAAGCCGACUGUGAAACUAAAUGCGACGGCACAACUUGGUCGUGUGUACUAGUAGACGAGGGUGGUUGGAUCGUAGCUGGUGACUCAGAGUAUAUGAGGACUAGCAAUGAGGAUCCAGUGAGGAGACACCUUGCCGCUGUGCACCCCGCCGCCAUGGUGGCACUGCUCGACGCUAAAGUAUUCCGACUAAACUGGAUACAUGAUUACCAAGGUGUCUGCUUCGAUUAUAAAGACUCUACUGACACGGCCUCUGCCUUAAUGGUACCAUCACUACUAAAGUAUUUAUGGAGAUCUGUGAUACUUUUGUUAACAAUAUCGCAAGAGAUUGCAACAAUAUUAACUUUAUUGAGCACUAGUAACGGAGUAUGGGGCGAUACAGAAGCAGAGAAAGAAAAACGCCGUAAUCGUCUAAAACGUGAUUAUGAGCGAGAGAAAUACGAUCGACUCUUCGACACAAAGGUGCUGGUGAAUCGGACUAGUUUCGCAGCCUGCGAUCGUUCACGGCCCAUGUACGAAUUACAGCGUACUGCGCAGGCUCUAUCAGCGCUGAAGCGUGUGCCCACCGCUUGCGGCUGGCCGCUGGCCGCCGCUGUAGUACCCGACACCAACUUAGUGUUACUGGCUGUUUACAAUGCCUGCCCCCACACUGGCAAGCCGGUACCGGACCCACUCAACAAUGAACCGGUCGACAUGAUACAAGUAACAAAAUUGAUGAAGAAGGAAAUAGAUUGGAACAAGUUGGAUUCGGCGAGCAGACUGGCGUGCUGGCGCAACCUCGAACCUCUGCCGGGUCGCCCGCCGCACACACCGUGCUACCCACACAAUUAUACACAAGAGGAAGGUUACAGACAAUGUGGCCCCUGGUUCCCAGAUCCCGAACCGGAGAUUGCGAGUCACACAGCAUUAACCAAGUUCAUGCCUCAAGUUGUUCCUGUUCUAAUACUUUUAUAUUUGAACAAUUUAAACAUUCAAUUGUAUUAA